AUGUCUUCGCAAGAUGUCCAAUCACCCAGCGGCUCAGGACGCCACGAGUCGCAAGAGCCCACCCCCUUCCCGUAUGAAGUAGGCAGUUCGAUUCAGUUGGAAGUUCAGUCGCAGGGUUCCUUGCCAGGCUUCGAUUUACCCCCUGGCAUGGUCUUCACCGCAACUGUCGUGAAGGUGUUUGAUUACACCAGUAUGCCAGUGUUACUUGUCCGCUUCGAGGCACCCAAGGGCCGUCGACAAGAAGCUGUCCUCAAAAUCUACGAUCGCCGCUUCAGCAAGACAAUUCGCCGAAUGGAGAACAAAGAUAUUCCCCAUACACCAGCCGCCGAGGCUUCAUUCCAGUCGUUCGUACGUUCGGGAGAAGCGAUAAGAUUUUGGAAAGAACGCCUUGACGGGCGGGAAUACGACAGUAGAUCGCUAGCGACGGCCGUGUUUUACUUGUGCUCCAAGAACUUCGCAGGUCACGGCCCGGCGAGAUGCGAGAAUGCCUUCGAGUACGCAACCCUAGAAUACUUCUGCUCUGAGCUGAGAGCAUACAACAGGCUCAUCAAGGAUCAAGGCUUGACCAUACCCCGGCCUUACGCCACGGUCACAGUGUUGGACUCUACGGGUGAUACGCCGAAUAAGCCGAACAUGAAAAACAUUCUAAUUAUUCGAGGCCUCAUGAUGCAAUACAUACCUGGUUACUCCCUUUUCGAGCUGCCAACCUCGAUAUGGGCCCCUACCGAUCCCAAAGAAUGCGAAAAGGUCGUACAGCUCGCAGUGGACGCGGCUCAUAAUGCAAACAUGCGUGGGGUCAUAAUCAAGAACUUCAAUUCACGGAGCGUGAUUGUGGACGGCGACACGCAACGCCCGUUCUUGACUGGUUUCACACAAUGCUGCUUCAAUGAAGACCAGGAAAAAGAACAUAAGGAAGGCCGCAAGUUUAAUGGCCAGUAUCUUCGGAAGGUAUGGGAUGCCGACAAUCCUGGAAAGCUUGGUUCAGUCAUGAAGGCGCGAAUCGAGGAGCUGAAGAACGUCAAGCUGGAUGUACGGUGGCCGGAGUGGCAUGACUUGAAAUUCAAAUACCCAAGAUGA